AGAUGGCAGGGUUAUGAUGGGGCUUCAAACAUGAGAGGGGAAUUUCAUGGGUUGCAAAGAUUGAUCUUGGAGGAAAAUCCUUAUGCUCAUUAUAUACAUUGUUUUGCCCACCAGUUACAAUUAGUGGUUGUUGCUGUUGCCAAGUGUUGUUCAUCAGUAAGGGAUUUUUUUGAGUACACAAGCAUGGUUGUUAACAUUGUUAAUGCUUCUUGUAAAAGACAUGAUCAGUUAGCCCAAGAGCAACAUGAUGAAAUAGUACGCCAAAUAGAGUCCGGGGAACUUCUUGAGGGAAAAGGGAAAAACCAACUAACUAACCUUGCAAGACCUGGUGAUACACGGUGGGGAUCACAUCAUAAAACAUUGUGUCGUCUUGUUGAGAUGUGGAAACCAGUUCUAAAGGUAUUAGAAAAUUUACACAAUGAUGCAAAUAAUGUUGCCCAAAGAACCACAGCUGCGGGGUUGAUAAAGCACAUGGAGUCUUUUGAAUUUUUUCUCAUAUUGCAUCUUAUGAUUAGAUUAUUGGGCAAGACUAACAAUCUGUCACAAUGCUUGCAAUUGAAAAAUCAAAAUAUUGUACGUGCUGUGGGAUUGAUUAAAACCACAUUGGAGGAUAUUCAAGAGAUAAGGCAGAAUGGUUGGGAUGAGCUCUUCAAAGAGGUAACAGACUUUUGUGUCAAAUUCAACAUUGUAGUGCCAAAUAUGGAAGAUACAAGAACUGCUAAUGGCCGUUCAAGGUCUUGGGGUGGGCAAAUGGUAACUUACAACCAUCAUUUCAAAUUUGAAAUAUUCAAUGUGUUGCAUGAUCAGCUUAUUGUGGAGUUGAACAACCGCUUUGCUGAAAGGUCUACUCAAUUGUUGAGAUGCAUUGCUUGUCUUGACCCCAAGAAUUCAUUUGCCAAUUAUAAUGAAGACAAGCUAGUAGAUCUUGCUAAUAUGUAUGCUGCUGAUUUCUCUACAUAUGAAGUUACUUUUGUCCUUAGAAACCAACUAGACUCAUUCAUUCGGGAAGCAAGAGGUGAUCCACAUUUGAUGAAUUGCAAUGAUCUUGGUCAUCUUGCCAUGAAUAUGGUUAAAAGUGAUAUGCACACAACUUUUCCCUUAGUUUACCGUCUGGUUGAGUUAGCAUUGAUUUUACCUGUUGCAACCGCAACCGUGGAAAGGGAAUUCUCAGCAAUGAGCAUUAUCAAGACCGGAUUGAGGAACAAAAUAGGUGAUGAUUGGAUGAAUCAUAGAAUGGUAUGUUACAUUGAGAGAGAUGUAUUUGUUAGUAUCGAAGAAUCCAAGAUCAUUGAGCGAUUUCAAGGUUAUCGCACACGUAAAGGUGUUUUGCCUCGUCCUACACGUAAGUUUUCACUUUUUGCAUCUAUUGUUAAUUAGUUUUGCCUGCUAUAUUAUGCACUGAUUCGCAUUUCAAAAUUGAUGAUUGAAGGUUUAGCGAUGUCUGCUCUUGAAGAUGUAGUCAUGGGAGGCUCGGAUCAACCAAUCAUUUAAUUUGGUAUCA